GUUGGAACGCUAGAACGUGGGAAAGGGCUUACGCAUACGCAUUUUCUCCUCCUUCAAUUACCUGCCAAACAAAGCACGAUCCUCCAGACUUGAUCUCCCCUGGGCUCAUCAACCUCGACGCUCAUAUCCUCGACUAAUUCGGCGAUGUCUACCUCUCCAUCCCACCGAAUAUCGACACCAAUGACUUGAAAGGCACUCCAGCCCAGUACCAUCGUGCGAAAUCCACGGCGGAUUCGACCUACCAACCGACCUGAAUUGACUACUAUAUGAGAUGGACCGACCGUUUCAGUUUACUCAACCCGGGUACUAUGACGAGGCAGUGGUGAUGGAUGAUUCACAAGGCAGAGACCAGACCGUUCAAUCAAACCAAGACAUUGGCUCGUCAUCCGUUUUCAGGGGACGGUCCUACUCCGAUGGAGGUGGAGGGAGUGGGACGCCGGCGAAAUCAUCCCCGGCGCCGUUUACUUCGGAAGCUAGGAGUAAAAUGUCCAAGGACGAUAAUCAUAUUAGAGACACGUCGUUGAGCCGGAACCCUGGCUCUGGGCCCGUGACACCCAGAAGACCCGAGCUCCCUCGCGGGCUCACCUUACCACUCGCUUUAAAUCAGCACUCCGAUCAUCAACCCGAGCACGGUUCUACCACGCCAUUGCAGUCUCCUGCCCCCGCCGUUUUCACCAAACCCGCACCCCUUUCCCCGAAGCUCGACCAUUCGCACAUUUAUGCCAGCCCCACAAACAUCCUGCCCCGUCGCUCCCGCGGCCUGGACUUUUCUCGUGCUGCCACCAGCCUGCACCACUCGACUCUCGCCGAACAAUCCUCUGCCGACUCAUCCCCGACCGUCGGUGCCGGCCGUGCCAUGAACAUACCGGCCCGAACAAACCAAGACUAUGGGAAUGCCGAACAGUCAUCCAACUCGCUAUGGUCCGUCAUAGGCAAUCACGACCGCACAACAAACAUCUCCAGCUCCCUCGGAAGUGCCAACCACCUGGGCUCCGAAAGUUCCUCUUCCGAGGACGACGAUAUGAUGGAUGAGGAUAUGGACGAUGCCUUUGUUACCACCCCGCAGAUCAACAGGACUACCGGCCCAAUUGGGGUCUCCGGAUCUCCGGCUAUCAACAGCCUCCUGAGCUUCCAGCAGCGCCAACGCUCGAGGAAACAAUCCAAGAAGAAGAAAACUCGCGGACUCCCAGGUCUGGGCUUUGGACCGGCAGCUGCGGCGGCGCUGUCCAAAUCACCUCCCAUUGUCAAGGACAUGUCGCACCCGCGGCGUGAAAGCAUCAGCUGGCAGGCCAAUCAGCUACACAUAUCUGGUAGCGAGGAAGAACGAUCCGGCAAUGACGGCUUUAAACAGAGACAUACCAUCAUGCGGCAGGUGGCUGCCCGUCGGGGUAAUCUCAUGCCCAAGACGAAAAACUUUGCUCGAAUAAAGCACGCACUUCUAGAGGAAUGCGCCCCCGUCGAAGCCGAAGUCCGCCGAGAAGCCGAGGUCAUUCGUCAGGUUCGCGAGAGCGACGUCGACCUCGAGCCACGUAUACCUACCGCUCUUUCGUCCCCGAACUUGGCCAACCAGGACAAUCUCGACGAUGUCCCUGGGGACGAGAUGAUGGCCGAAUCGGGACUUUCGAGCAGCUUUAAGCAACAGGCCUUGAAGAACUCGAAGGGUCCGAAGUUCUGGGACACCUUUUCAGAAUCCAGCAGCAUAGGCACCCGUACCACGCCGCCGCCGCCGCCGUCCGCGCUCAUGCCAAGGGGCUCCUCCUCGGGCAUGAGCGAAGACACGAAUAUGGAUUCCCCUUCGCUCGGCGCCACGGCAGGGUUUGUUAUGGCCAGUGCUAGCGGUGAAUCCGCCAAGGGCGACGUAUCCGCCGCCGGGGCCUCCCAGGGGGUGUCGCAAGGGUCAGGAUGGGGAUGGUUCGGGGGACCGGGACAAGGGCCGGGUUCGCAGGUGCCCCCGAGUGCUGCGGAGAUUACGCGCCGCAUCAACAACAAGCGGCGCCGCGACGACGACUUCGACCCUAACAUUUCCAAGCGCCGGGCCGUCAGCCCGGGAAUGAGCGUCCACAACUCCCCCGUCAUACAGAGUCCCCUCCAGCGGGAUGGGGCCCCGUGGGGAUCCCGUGCCGGCAGUACCAGCGGGGAUCGGGGCGGCGGGAGUGGUGCACCGAGCGAGGCCGGCAGUGGCAGCGCGAGCUUAGGCGCCGGGACGCCCGGGAAUACGACCACGAAUAAUAAUAGCGCGGCGUUGAACAACCGCCUCGGCGGUAACAAGGGACGGGUAGGGCUUCAGGGCAUGACGGACACCCAUGACGGCUUGAUGCGGAUGAGCAUCGAGUGAAUGCCGCUGUCGCCUCCCCGCUAACGGACUUUUAAGAUAUUACACUACCCGGGGCUCCGGGGACUACAAAAGGGGGAUACAGGAAAGGUGCGUGCAAUGGACAUGGUAUCAUCUCGCAAGGAUUGAGCGUUUAUGUGAAGAGCAUUUGGGGUUUCGACUUGGCGUUUGUUGUUUGUUCGGCGUUACACAGGCACCAAGCAUACUCGGGGCAGAGCAUUACUGACGAAACACAUACAUACUUGCCUACUUACCGGGGUGGGCAAGUGCAGCACAUGAUUUAAUAAGACAACAUAACUACUCUCCUGCGGUUAAAGCUUAUGAUGUUUCCUCUCGUG